UGUCUUCCGGUAGAAACUCGCGUGUAUCUCCUGUGUGUGACUCUUUUCCGGUAAGGUCCCAAGAUGACGGGCUUCAGCGAGAAGCCAAUAUUAAUAGAUGGCCGUGGCCAUUUACUUGGACGAUUGGCUGCAAUCGUUGCCAAAACCAUCCUGCAAGGCAACAAAGUUAUUGUCGUACGCAGCGAGCAACUCAACAUUAGCGGUAACUUCUUCAGGAACAAGUUGAAGUUUAUGUCUUUUCUGCGGAAAAGAUGUAACGUAAAUCCUGCACGUGGUCCAUUCCACUUCCGAGCGCCAAGCAAGAUCUUCUGGAAAACAGUUCGUGGCAUGAUCCCACAUAAGACACAAAGAGGCAAAGAUGCUCUUAGGCGACUGAAGGUUUACGAAGGUUGUCCACCACCAUAUGAUCGCAGGAAGCGUGUUGUUGUACCUGGUGCUAUGAGAGUGAUGUGCCUCAAACCAGGCAGAAAAUACUGUCACGUGGGCAGAUUGUCUCAUGAAGUUGGAUGGAAAUAUAAGGAUGUGGUCCGCACGUUGGAGAACAAGAGGCGUGCCAGAGCCAUUAUUGAAGUUCAAAAGAGGAACAAACUUAAGAAACUUACCAAGCAAGCUGGUGAAUCAGUUGUUAAAGCAACGGCACCGUACACAGCGAUCAUCAAUAAUUUUGGAUAUAAUUAACAUACAUGUUACAAAAACAAAAAAUAAAGUCUCUUAAAUAUCUUAA